AAAAAGCAAGUGUCAUUUUCCCCAAAUUUUCGUAAUUUAAAUCAAUGUCGAGCAAUACAAAAAGGGUGGAAAGAAAAUUUAAGUAGGGUGUAUGUGCGCGAACGACUCGCCUGAAUGGAUAUUUUUGGAAAAUCAAAGGUAAAGAAAAAACCUGAUUAAUUAACACAUGGCGACUCGUUUGAGUCCACGAAAUUCUGAAGUAAAUGCUCUGGAACAAAGGGGAUAUCUGAUUGGAAAAAAGAUCGGGCAAGGUUCGUACGCGACGGUGCACUUGGCCGAUUAUGUCGACAGCACGGGACCAAAGAAGAUGCGCCUUGCUUGUAAAAUUUUUGAUAAAGAGAAGGCACCCAAAGAUUUUUUAGAUAAAUUCUUUCCGAGGGAAUUAGAAAUAUUAACGAAAAUUGAAAAUCCGCAUAUCAUACAAGUUCACAGUAUCCUACAACGAGGACCUAGAGUCUUCAUUUUUAUGAGAUAUGCAGAUAAUGGGGAUCUAUUGGAUUUUAUAAAGAAAAACGGAGUUGUACCCGAACAACAAGCGAAAAUAUGGUUUAGACAAAUGGCUAGUGGAUUACAUUAUUUACACGGGAAAAAUAUAGCGCACAGGGACCUAAAAUGUGAAAAUAUCCUACUGUCUCGAAGGUUUAACGUAAAAUUGGCGGACUUUGGCUUCGCCCGGUUCUGCGUCGAUUCCGACAACAGGCGAAUCCUGAGCCAGACCUACUGCGGCUCGGCGGCGUACGCGGCCCCCGAAGUGGUCAACGGCACCCCCUACAAUCCCAAGCUGUCCGACGUGUGGUCCCUGGGCAUCAUCCUGUUCAUAAUGCUGAACGCUUCGAUGCCCUUCGACGAUUCCAAUCUGAGGAAGCUGCUGAAAGACCAAAUGACGAAGAACUGGGUGUUCAGAUCGAGGGUGCGCGACACGCUGUCGUCGACGGUGAAGUCGCUGAUGAGACACCUGCUCGAGCCGGAUCUGACGCAGAGGCUCACUUUGGAUAGGGUCAUACAGCACGAGUGGCUCAGGAUGCGCAAGGACAGACCGUCGCUGAUCGGCCGUUUAGUACAUUCGGCGCCGCACGGUCAAGCGGGAAGCCAGUCGGCACAUGUAAGUGGGGAAUAUGAGAACGAAACCGUUCCUGGGGACUUUCAAAAUCCCGAUAAUAAGAAAAGUGAAAUGAUGAUUUCUGUAAACGAUAAUUGAUAGUGAACAAUAAUGCCAAAUUCGAAGUUGGAAUUAUCAGUAGUGUAAUAAAUUAAACAGGUCAAAAUUUUGAUAGUUCAUUUUUUCCGCUUAGGAUGUGUUAUGUUUGUGGUGAAAAAAUCGAGCCAAAUUAGAUGGAGAAGUCGUAAAAAGUUGUCAUAGUAUUAUUAUAAUAUGAUAAAAGUUUGUAAUUUUUGAUACAAGGAACUUCUAAAAGAAACUUACAUUACUGAAAUAAACAUAA